AUGGGUAAUCAAACCAGUCGUGCGAUUGAAAAGACCAGAGAACGAAGAAUAAAACCAAAGAAGCACAUCAGGCGGCAUAGUACUGCAACCGUUGGCUGCACUCCACUCUCGAUCUCACGCCCAAGUAGCCCCCACAGCUUUAGGAACCAGGACUGGCUCGACUCCUUGACGGGGUCUUUUUCUUCUUCUUACACAAACAGCACUGAUCAUGAUCCCACAGCAGCAGCAGCAGCAAAUACAAUAAAUACAAUAGCAUCAAUAUCAUCAAUCAUAUCUACAGCAUCAUCAUCAAAAGCAUCAUCAUCAACAUCAACAUCAAUAUCAUUAUCAAAAACAACAGCGUCAAGAUUAUUUGGAGCAUCUCAAUCGAAACCUACAUCACCUGUAUCUAUCCAUUGUACGCCGCAUGAUCCACGCGAAUUAGAUAGACUCCAAAGACAGCAUUAUCUAUUGAAAUUAGCACGAAAGACAAACUGCUGGGCACCAUGUCCUCCACAAUGUGCUACUGUUCUGGACAUCGGCACUGGUAACGGAAUAUGGGCAUUUGAAAUGGCCGCCGAGUACCGUGAUGCCAAGGUCAUUGGACUCGAUUUACUUCCACCAACCACCCAGCUUGGUUGCCCCAAAAAUCUGUAUUAUAUUCAAAGCGACAUACACCAGCUUCCGUGGCCCAUUGAAUCGAAUUCCGUUGACCGGAUUCAUCAGAGAGACAUGGGCCAGAUGAUCCAGGGCAAGCAGUGGGCUGGGGUGCUACAGGAAAUGUUUCGGGUGCUUAAGCCAAGCGGGACAAUCGAAUUGGUUGAAUCUGAUCUGUGGUAUCACAACCCAGGACCAAUGCAACAGACAUUUCAUGGAUAUCUAGAAUCAUACUACUCUACACUUGGUCUAGAUGUCAAUUACAUCCAGACUCUCGAGAAGUGGAUUGUCCAGGCUGGUUUUGGGCCUCCCGAGGUUCGUACUCUCGAUCUUCCGAUUGGUGAAUGGUCCAAAGACGGAGAACUCAAACAAUUUGGAUUUAUACAUCGAGAAACACAAAAGGCUUGGUUAAAGAACAAAAAGAGCUUUCAUGUGACACGCUGGAACAUUACGUCUGAGGAGUAUGACUGUGCGGUAAAAGAAGUGCUUGAUGAGUGGGAUGCCUAUCAGAGCUUUUCUCGAUACUAUUGCUGGGUUGCAACCAAGCCAACCCGGAUGAAUAUUUAA